UGCCCUAACAAAAUUCAAACAACGAGAACAAGUGGACAUCAGUUAACAUUCAAGACUUCUGGGAUGUGGUUUAGUUUCAAGGAAGAAGGGUUUGAAAUUUGAAUGGUUUGAGUCAUGUAUCUCAGGCUGAUUGUCUUUGUGAUAACAGGAGCAGUGUUCAGGGCUGCCUUUGCCCAGACUCGUCAGUACUACUUUGUGAACACGGAGCUGAACUGGACAGAUGCUCAGAGUCUCUGCAGACGUGAUUACACGGACCUGGCCACCAUAGAAAAGACAGCUGAUCUCGCUAUUGUAAACACGUCAAACUUUACUGGCAAGGCUUGGAUAGGACUUUUUGAUGAUUGGGAAAACAGUUGGAGAUGGUCCAUAAAUGACAGCAGCUUCUAUGGUGAAGGGGAGAUUGCUUUUAGAAACUGGUUUUCUAACGAGCCCAACAAUGUCGAGGGAAAAGAAUACUGCGGCGAACUUUUUGGUGGAAGUCACUUCGGCUCAUGGAAUGACGAUGACUGCACGGUGAAUAGACCUUUCGUAUGCUACAAUGGAACAGUAAAUUACACCGCAUCCUUUGUUAUUCCUGCUGGCAUUUCACUCAGCUGGACUGACUCCCAGAAAUACUGCAGGGAGAACUAUGUCGAUUUAGCCAGUAUACGAAAUCAAAAUGAAAAUACCAUCAUUACAAACCUGGCAAAUGGCGCUCGUGUGUGGAUUGGUCUGUAUGGCCAGAGACAGUGGUCUGAUGGGAGCCACUCGCUGUUCCAACACUGGGCCACUGGUCAACCAAGCUCAAACGCAGAACAGUGUAUCGCUGCAGGAUUCAGUGACUCAGGACGAUGGUCAGAUGAAGACUGCAGUCUCACCUUCCCUGCCAUCUGUUACACAACAGUUCCUCCCAAUGCAGAUGUCUUCGUAGCAUCAUCACAAAAUGACAGCAUCACUUUGCAGUGGACUAAAGUUAACGACAACAUCAGCUUUGUCCUCCAGUUUAAUGGUACAGAGACAAACAUCAGAGCACCAGAUGGAGAUGGACCAGUAACUCACAUCAUCUCAUCUCUCUCUGCUGCAACUCAAUACACGUUCACUCUCUUCUCUGUGUUUAAAAACGUCAGUAGCAGUGGCGUACAACUAACAGCUGCCACUGCUCCUCAAAACCCAGAAGGCUUCAGACCAUUAACACAACUUGACUCCAGCAUCACUCUGCAGUGGGAUAAAGUGAACGGCAACAUCAGCUUUGUCCUCCAAUUUAAUGGUACAGAGGCAAACAUCAGAGCACCAGAUGGAGACGGACCAGUAACUCACACCAUCUCAUCUCUCUCUGCUGCAACUCAAUACACGUUCACUCUCUUCUCUGUGUUUGAGAAUGUCCGAAGUACUGGAGUCAGCAUCAGUGCAGCUACUGUUCCUCCCAAUGCAGAUGUCUUCGUAGCAUCAUCACAAAAUGACAGCAUCACUUUGCAGUGGACUAAAGUUAACGACAACAUCAGCUUUGUCCUCCAGUUUAAUGGUACAGAGACAAACAUCAGAGCACCAGAUGGAGAUGGACCCGUAACUCACACCAUCUCAUCUCUCUCUGCUGCAACUCAAUACACGUUCACUCUCUUCUCUGUGUUUAAAAACGUCAGUAGCAGUGGCGUACAACUAACAGCUGCCACUGCUCCUCAAAACCCAGAAGGCUUCAGACCAUUAACACAACUUGACUCCAGCAUCACUCUGCAGUGGGAUAAAGUGAACGGCAACAUCAGCUUUGUCCUCCAGUUUAAUGGUACAGAGGCAAACAUCAGAGCACCAGAUGGAGACGGACCAGUAACUCACACCAUCUCAUCUCUCUCUGCUGCAACUCAAUACACGUUCACUCUCUUCUCUGUGUUUGAGAAUGUCCGAAGUACUGGAGUCAGCAUCAGUGCAGCUACUGCUCCUCAAAACCCAGAAGGCUUCAGACCAUUAACACAACUUGACUCCAGCAUCACUCUGCAGUGGGAUAAAGUGAACGGCAACAUCAGCUUUGUCCUCCAAUUUAAUGGUACAGAGGCAAACAUCAGAGCACCAGAUGGAGACGGACCAGUAACUCACACCAUCUCAUCUCUCUCUGCUGCAACUCAAUACACGUUCACUCUCUUCUCUGUGUUUGAGAAUGUCCGAAGUACUGGAGUCAGCAUCACUGCAGCUACUGUUCCUCCCAAUGCAGAUGUCUUCGUAGCAUCAUCACAAAAUGACAGCAUCACUUUGCAGUGGACUAAAGUUAACGACAACAUCAGCUUUGUCCUCCAGUUUAAUGGUACAGAGACAAACAUCAGAGCACCAGAUGGAGAUGGACCCGUAACUCACACCAUCUCAUCUCUCUCUGCUGCAACUCAAUACACGUUCACUCUCUUCUCUGUGUUUAAAAACGUCAGUAGCAGUGGCGUACAACUAACAGCUGCCACUGCUCCUCAAAACCCAGAAGGCUUCAGACCAUUAACACAACUUGACUCCAGCAUCACUCUGCAGUGGGAUAAAGUGAACGGCAACAUCAGCUUUGUCCUCCAAUUUAAUGGUACAGAGGCAAACAUCAGAGCACCAGAUGGAGACGGACCAGUAACUCACACAGUCUCAUCUCUCUCUGCUGCAACUCAAUACACGUUCACUCUCUUCUCUGUGUUUGAGAAUGUCCGAAGUACUGGAGUCAGCAUCACUGCAGCUACUGUUCCUCCCAAUGCAGAUGUCUUCGUAGCAUCAUCACAAAAUGACAGCAUCACUUUGCAGUGGACUAAAGUUAACGACAACAUCAGCUUUGUCCUCCAGUUUAAUGGUACAGAGACAAACAUCAGAGCACCAGAUGGAGACGGACCAGUAACUCACACCAUCUCAUCUCUCUCUGCUGCAACUCAAUACACGUUCACUCUCUUCUCUGUGUUUAAAAACGUCAGUAGCAGUGGCGUACAACUAACAGCUGCCACUGCUCCUCAAAACCCAGAAGGCUUCAGACCAUUAACACAACUUGACUCCAGCAUCACUCUGCAGUGGGAUAAAGUGAACGGCAACAUCAGCUUUGUCCUCCAAUUUAAUGGUACAGAGACAAACAUCAGAGCACCAGAUGGAGACGGACCAGUAACUCACACAGUCUCAUCUCUCUCUGCUGCAACUCAAUACACGUUCACUCUCUUCUCUGUGUUUGAGAAUGUCCGAAGUACUGGAGUCAGCAUCACUGCAGCUACUGCUCUUCUAAAUGCAAAAGGCUUCAGAUCAUCUGACCACAAUGAGACCAGCAUCACUCUGCAGUGGGAUAGAGUAAACAACAUCAUCAGCUUUGUCCUCCAGUUUAAUGGUACAGAGACAAACAUCAGUGCACAACAUGGAGAUGGACCAGUAACUCACACAGUCUCAUCUCUCACUGCACGAACUCAGUACACGUUCACUCUCUUCUCUGUGUUUGAUAACCUCAGAAGUACUGGAGUCAGCAUCACUGCAGCUACUGUAAAAAUGUAA